AUGUCUUCACUCCGUAAUGCCGUUCAAAGACGAAACCACAAAGAACGAGCUCAACCUUACAAACGAGAACGCUAUGGCAUUCUUGAAAAACACAAGGACUAUGUGCUUCGUGCAAGGGACUACCAUGCAAAACAAGAACGCCUCAAAAAGUUGCGCGAGAAAGCGUACUUUCGAAAUCCCGAUGAAUUUUAUUUUAAAAUGAUUAAUUCAAAAACAAAAGGAGGUGUUCAUGUAUCAGAAAGAAACAAUGCCUUUUCUGGCGAUGUCAUCAAAUUAUUAAAAUCCCAAGACUUGAAUUACAUUAAAACACAACGAGAUAUCGGAAGAAAGAAAAUUGAAAAAUUACAAAAUCAACUUCAUUUUCUCGCGUCUAAUGAUGAUGAAGUUGUUGACGAAGAGAAUGAAGGAACAAAAAAAAAAGAUAGUAACAAACAAGAAACAUUACAAAAAAAUGCAAAUCGGAUUGAAUCGAAUCAUAUUAUUUUCUUUGAUACCGAAGAAGAAGUAAAGAAUUUUGAUCCGGCGAAACACUUUAAUACGCUACCAGAAUUGGUAAAUCGUAAAUUCAAUCGGCCACGUAUUGAAACUUUGGAAAAGCAAGCGUUGGUUUUGCCUGAGGAUAUUAAACAAUUGCGGAAGAUGCAAAAAGAACGUAUUAACAAGUACCAAGAAUUGGCUGAUCGUCUUGAACGUGAAGAUAAAUUUGUUACCUUGGAACAAGAGCUGGUUACGCAGAAAAAUUUGAUGGGUAAAGGACGUCGAAAAAAAGUUGGAAUAGAUAAAAAUGGACUUGCGGUAUACAAAUGGAAGAAUGAACGAAAGAAAUAA